AUGUUGCUUCUCGUCCUCUUUGGGAUGCUGUGGGCGCUGGUUACUGGGCGGUGGUGUGAGUGGACAGAGACCGUCCACACAAAGGAGGAAGUAGCCCCCCGUCGGGAGGACCUGGUGCUCUGCACCAGCCUCUACCAUUAUAGCCGCCUAGGCUGGCGUCUGGACCUGCCCAGGAGCGGCCGUGCAGGGCUCACCGGGUCCCCAGCGCCUGGGCUCUGUGCCAUCUACAAACCCCCUGAAAUCCAUUCUGUCACCCAGAACCGGACGGUGAGGGCUUGCUGCCCAGGCUGGGGGGGCACACAGUGCACUGAUGCUCUGGCUGAAGCCAGCCCUGAUGGCCGCUGCUUUGCCACAUGGCAGUGCGAGCCUCUGGCAGGCUCAGCUAAUGCUUCAGCAGGAAGCUUAGAAGAGUGCUGCGCCCGGCCCUGGGGACACAGCUGGCGGGAUGGCAGCUCACAGGUCUGCCUCCUUUGCCACAGCAAACACCUCCCAGGGGAUGCUUCCUCUGCAACUCUCCUGCAGCCGCUUGCAGGGGCUGUGGGCCAGGUCUGGAGCCAGCAGCAGCGGCCCUCAGCCACCUGUGCCACCUGGUCAGGCUUCCACUACCGCACCUUCGACGGGCGUCACUACCACUUCCUGGGCCGCUGCACCUACCUUCUGGCGGGUGCUGUUGACUCCACCUGGGCUGUCCACCUGAGGCCUGGAGGCCACUGCUCCCAGCCUGGGCACUGCCAGCUGGUCCGGGUGAUGAUGGGCUCCGAGGACGUGCUGAUCCAGGAUGGUGCUGUCUCUGUGCAGGGGAGGCUAGUGCCCGAGGGGGAGUCGCAGCUGCUCCCUGGGCUAAGCCUGCAAUGGCAGGGGGACUGGUUGGUGCUGUCCGGGGGCCUGGGGGUUGUUGUGCGGCUGGACAGGUCCACUUCGGUCUGGGUCUCCAUGGACCAUGAGCUCCAGGGACAGACGCAGGGCCUCUGUGGCCUCUAUAAUGGCCAGCUGGAGGAUGACUUCCAGGAGCCAGGAGGGGGGCAGGCUGCGCUGGCCGCCACCUUUGGGAAUUCCUGGCGGCUCCCCGGCUCCGAGCCUGGGUGUCCAGAUGCAGUGGAGGCAGCCCAGGGCUGUGAGAGCCCCACAGAGGGUGCAGAGGCCAGCGUGGAGGCUGGCCAGCUGCGGGCUGAGGCCCAGGAUGUGUGCCACCAGCUGCUGGAGGGUCCAUUCAGCCAAUGUCAUGUCCAGGUUCUCCCGGAGGAGUACCACAAGGCCUGCCUCUUCGCCUACUGUGCAGCACCUGUGGUGGGCAGUGACCAAGCAGGCCGGAGGGAGGCUGUGUGUGCCACCUUCAGCAACUAUGCCCAGGCCUGUGCCAGGUGGCAUAUCCACGUGCACUGGAGGAAGCCUGGCUUCUGUGAGCGCCUGUGCCCGGGAGGCCAGCUCUACUCCGACUGCAUCUCGUCCUGCACUGCAAGCUGCUCCAUGGUUGGCCAGGGUGAGGAGGGGCCCUGUGGGGAAGAGUGUGUCAGCGGCUGUGAAUGCCCGCCUGGGCUCUUCUGGGAUGGCACCCACUGUGUGCCUGCUGCCCACUGCCCCUGCUACCACCGGCGCAAGCGCUACGCCCCAGGCGACACUGUGCACCAGCAGUGCAACCUAUGUGUGUGUCAGGAUGGCCGCUGGCAUUGUGCCCAGGCCUCAUGCCCUGCUGAAUGUGCAGUAGAAGGUGACGGGCAUUACCUCACCUUUGAUGGGCGGAGCUUCUCCUUCCAAGGUGGUCCAGGCUGCCACUACAUCCUGGUGCAAGACCACGGCCAGAAGCCGCUGCUGAUGGUGCUGGAGCAUGGGGCCUGCGACUCUGGGAGCUGCCUGCAUGCGCUGUCUGUCUCCCUAGAGGACACCCACAUCCAGCUCAGACACUCAGGAGCUGUGCUGGUGGAUGGGCAAGAUGUGGGCUUGCCCUGGACUGGCGCUGCAGGCCUCAGUGUCUCCCAAGCCUCUUCUACCUUCCUGCUGCUGCGUUGGCCUGGGGCCCGGGUCCUCUGGGGCGUGGCUGACCCUGCAGCUUACAUCAUGUUGGACCCCCGCUAUGCCCACCAGGUGCAAGGUCUAUGUGGCACCUUCACCCGGAACCAGCAGGAUGACUUCCUGACGCCAGCUGGGGACGUGGAGACCAGCAUUGCUGCCUUUGCUAGCAAGUUCCAGGUGGCAGGUGGAAGCAGGUGCCCUCCCGAGGACAGCCCUCUGCUCUCCCCCUGCAGCACCCACUCCCAGCGCCUCACCUUCGCGGAGGCGGCCUGUGCCAUCCUGCACGGCCCAGCCUUCCAGGCAUGCCACAGGCUGGUGGACAGGGAGCCCUUCCAGCUGCGCUGUUUGGCAGCUGUGUGUGGCUGUGCCUCAGGCAGGGACUGCCUGUGCCCAGUGCUCUCUGCCUAUGCGCGCCGCUGUGCCCAGGAGGAUGUCCUGCUGCUCUGGAGGAACCAGACUCUCUGCCCUGUCCCAUGUCCCGGUGGCCAGGAGUACCAGGAGUGUGCCCCAGCAUGUGGCCACCACUGUGGGGAGCCAGAGGACUGCAACAAGCUGGGCAGCUGUGUGGCUGGUUGUAACUGCCCCCCAGGGUUGCUGUGGGACCCUGAGGGCCAGUGCGUGCCCCCCAGCUUGUGCCUCUGCCAGCUCGGAGACCAUCGUUACACCCCUGGCAGUGUCACCCAGAAGGGCUGCAACCACUGUGUCUGCCAGGAGAGGGGCCUCUGGAACUGCACAGCUCACCACUGUCCCCCGCAGCGGGCCUUCUGUCCCCAGGAGCUUAUCUAUGCCCCCAAUGCCUGCCUCCUCACCUGUGACAGCCCUAAUGCCAGCCAUUCCUGUCCUUCGGGCAGCACUGAUGGCUGUGUCUGUCCCCCGGGCACCGUGCUGCUGGACGAACACUGUGUGCCUCCUGACCUCUGUCCCUGCCAUCACAGUGGGCAGUGGUACCCGCCUAAUGCCACCAUCCAGGAGGACUGCAACACUUGUGUGUGUCAGGGCCGGCAAUGGCACUGCACAGGCCAGCAGUGCAGUGGGCGGUGCCAGGCAUCAGGCGCCCCCCACUAUGUGACAUUCGAUGGGCUGUCCCUCACCUUCCCCGGGGCCUGUGAGUACCUGCUGGUGCGAGAGGCUGGCGGCCGCUUCAGCAUCUCUGCUCGGAACCUGCCCUGUGGGGCCAGCGGCCUCACCUGCACCAAGGCCCUGGCCGUGCAUCUGGAGAGCACCGUUGUGCACAUGCUCAGAGGCAGGGCAGUGACAGUGAAUGGGGUGGCCGUAAGGCCCCCCAAGGUCUACACUGGCCCUGGCUUGAGCCUUCGCCAUGCUGGACUCUUCCUGCUGCUGACAACGCGUCUGGGCCUCAGCUUGCUCUGGGAUGGAGGUACCCGCGUACUGGUACAGCUGUCCCCCCACUUCCGCGGUCGUGUGGCCGGCCUGUGUGGAGACUUUGAUGGUGACGCCAGCAAUGACCUGAGGAGCCGCCAAGGAGUCCUGGAGCCCACAGCUGAGCUGGCAGCCCACUCCUGGCGCCUCAACCCCCUGUGCCCCGAGCCAGGAGAUCUGCUACACCCCUGCACCGUGAAUGCCCACCGGGCAGCGUGGGCCCGGACCCGCUGCGGGGUGAUGCUGCGGCCACUGUUUGCCCGAUGCCAUGCAGAGGUGCCCCCGCAGCAGCACUACGAGUGGUGUGUGUACGACGCCUGCGGCUGUGAUUCAGGGGGUGACUGCGAGUGCCUAUGCUCGGCCAUCGCCACCUAUGCUGACGAGUGUGCCAGGCGUGGGCAUCACGUGCGCUGGCGCAGCCAGGAGCUCUGCCCCCUGCAGUGUGAAGGGGGACAGGUGUAUGAGGCCUGUGGUCCCGUGUGUCCCCCCACCUGCCAUGACCACCAUCCUGAGCCUGGAUGGCACUGCCAGGCUGUCGCCUGUGUGGAGGGCUGCUUCUGCCCUGUGGGGACUCUGCUGCAUGGAGGAACCUGUGUGGAGCCAGCUGCCUGUCCCUGUGAGUGGGAUGGCAGCUUCUUCCCACCAGGGACAGUGCUGCAAAAGGACUGUGGGAACUGCACGUGCCAGGACAGUCAGUGGCACUGCGGAGCUGAUGGAGCCCCCUGUGAGGAGCUGGUGCCUCGCUGUGCAGAAGGAGAGGCUCCAUGCCAGGGCAGUGGGCACUGUGUGCCACAUGAGUGGCUUUGUGACAACCAGGACGACUGUGGCGAUGGCUCAGAUGAGGAGGGCUGUGCCACCCCAGGUUGUGGGCAGGGCCAGAUGCCUUGCCACUCCGGCCGCUGUGUGCCCCUGGCCCUGCUCUGUAACGGGCAGGAUGACUGUGGAGAUGGCAGUGAUGAACAGGGCUGCCCAUGCCCCUCUGAUUCACUGGCCUGUGCUGAUGGGCGCUGCCUGCCCCUGGCCCUGCUGUGUGAUGGGCAUCCCGACUGUCUGGAUGCCGCCGAUGAGGAGUCCUGUCUGGGGCAGGUGACCUGCGUCCCUGGGGAGUUGUCCUGCACCGAUGGCACCUGUGUGGGGGCCUUGCAACUAUGUGACGGAGUCUGGGACUGCCCAGAUGGAGUGGACGAGGGGUCUGGACACUGCCCCACUCCCUCUCUGUCCGCGUCCCCUUCCGGCACCACGCCAGGCUCCCUGGAAGGUGCAUCAAGUCCCUUGGGUAGUGCCAGCCCUGCCCCCUGCAGCCCCUCGGAGUUCGCGUGCGGCAGCGGCGAGUGCGCCCCCCGUGGCUGGCGCUGCGACCAGGAGGAGGACUGCUCGGAUGGCAGCGACGAGCUGGGCUGUGCCGGGCCCUGCGCGCCGCCCCUCCUGCCCUGCGCCCGCAGCAGCGCGCACUGCCUGACCCCGCGGCAGCUGUGCGACGGGGAGCCGCAGUGCCCGGAUGGCUGGGACGAGGGUCCCGAGGCUUGCGGUGAUCUUCCAGCCCCAGGAGGCCUCAACGGAACAAGUGUCCCCUGCCCAGAAUACUCAUGCCCUAAUGGCGUCUGCAUUGACUUCCAAAAGGUGUGUGAUGGACAGUCUGACUGCCAAGUGGCUCUGGGGGAGGCAGGGCCCUCCCCCGAGGAGCAGGCUUGUGGAGCCUGGGGACCCUGGAACCCGUGGGAGCCGUGCAGCCAGACCUGUGGAUCUGGGGUGCGCAGCCGGAGUCGUCGUUGCUCCCCGCCUGGGCUCCCGGUGCUGCAGCGCUGCCUGGGCCCUGAGCAGCAGUCUCAGGCCUGCUUUGCUGAGGCCUGCCCAGUGGAUGGCAAAUGGGGCUCCUGGUCUCCCUGGUCUCCAUGCUCUGAGCCAUGUGGGGGCACCAUGAUGCGGCAACGGCAGUGCCACCCUCCCCAGAAUGGGGGCCGGGCCUGUAUCCUGCUGCUGGGGGACCCUCACAGCAUCCGUGAGACCAAGCCUUGCCCUCCGGAUGGCUGCCCCAAUGCCACCUGCUCUGGGGAGCUGGUGUUUUGGCCCUGUGCCCCCUGCCCUCUGACCUGUGGUGAUGUCUCCAGCCAGGCCACGUGCCCACCCGAGCAGCCCUGUAGCAGCCCAGGCUGCUGGUGCCCUGCAGGGCAGGUGCUGGGCAGCGAAGGGCGGUGUGUGUGGCCCCGGCAAUGCCCCUGCCUGGUGGAUGGCACUCACUACUGGCCUGGGCAGCGGAUCAAGGCUGACUGUCAGCUCUGCGUCUGCCAGGAGGGGCGGCCUCGGCGCUGCCGGCCACACCCAGACUGUGCGGUGAACUGUGGCUGGUCCUCAUGGUCCCCCUGGGCAGACUGCCUGGGCCCCUGUGGGACGCAGAGCAUCCAGUGGUCCUUCCGGAGCCCCAACAACCCCCGCCAGUCAGGCCGGGGUCGCCAGUGCCUUGGCAUCCACCGCAAGGCCCGCAGGUGCCAGGUGAAGUCAUGCCAGGGCUGUGAGCAGCAGGGCCAUGUGUGGCACGUGGGGCAGCGCUGGCGCAGGGGCCCUUGCGAGGUGUGCCAGUGCCUGGAUCCUAGCACCGUGCACUGUUCCCCCUUCUGCCCACUGGGCAGCUGCCCCCAGGGCUGGGUUCUGGUGGAAGGAGCGGGCGAAUCAUGUUGCCACUGUGCUCUGCCUGGAGAGAACCACACGGUACCUCCCAUGGACACUCCAGCUCCGGCUCCAGCCCCCAGCCCCCAGACUGGACCCGCUCUGGCCACCUACGUCCUGCCCCCACUGGGAGAUCCCUGCUAUUCACCCCUGGGCCUGGCCCGACCACCCAAGGGCAGCCUGGGGACAUUGCCCCUACAGUCAGAGGACCCCACCCACAUGUCCCUCCUGGGAGCUGCCACUGAGAUCCCCAUCCUUGGAGAGGAUGCUCAUGCCAAGCAGCACCCCCAGCCUCCCUAUAUGCAGCUGGACCUGCUGUGGGCCCGGAACCUCACAGGCCUUGUGGUACAGGGGACGCAUUCGGCUGAUACUCACCUCCCCAGCUUCUCCCUCCAGUUCAGCAGCGAUGGUUUACACUGGCACAACUAUAGUGACAUCCUACCUGGUGCUCUGCCUGUGCCCAAGCCUUUCCCUGGGAGCUGGGCUGAUGUGGCCCCCAAGGGAUGGACAUUUGGCCGGAUGGUCCAGGCGAGGUACGUGAGGGUCUGGCCACAUACUGGCCACCCCAGUGGAAUCAGCAGUGGCAUCUUCCAGUGGGCAGAGCUGCUGGGCUGCGGGACAGCACACCCAUGCCCAGGGACCAGGCUCCGCUGUGCCAGUGGGGAGUGUGCCCCAAGUGGGGGUCCUUGUGACGGAGCUGCAGACUGCGAGGAUGGCUCUGAUGAGAAGGGCUGUGGGCCCCUGCCUGCAGGGACUGGCGGUUCUGGGGAAGCCAUGCAGAAUGUGGCCACCACGUCCACAAGCCACCUUGGAGCCUUGAGCCUGCAGCCAGGAAUGGCAGCGGUGACUAUGUUCCCCCUACGGCCACUGACGCCGGUGACUCCUGCUGGGCACAGCAUCCCCCCCGGUCCCUUCCCACCUGCACAGUGCGGCCCUCGGCAGGUGCCCUGCGAGGUGCUGGGCUGUGUGGAGUGGGCACAGCUCUGCGACGGGAGUGAGGACUGCCUGGAUGGCUCUGAUGAGCGGCACUGCGGCUUCACCGUGUCACUCAUGUGGCUCCCUUCUUCUCUCCCACGCCUCCGGGCAGUGAGCACAGAGCCCUUCACGGUGCCCACCACAGUGCUUCCUGGGCUUCCGGGUUCAAGGGCUCUCUGCUCCCCGAGCCAGCUUCGCUGUGGCAGUGGGGAGUGUCUGUCAGCUGAGAGACGCUGCGACCUGCGUUCUGACUGCCAGGAUGGCUCAGAUGAGGACAACUGUGUGGACUGCAUGCUGGCACCCUGGUCUAGCUGGAGUGGCUGCAGCCACAGCUGUGGCCUGGGCUUCACCUUCCAGCGCCGGGAGCAGCUGCGGCCACCCCUGCCUGGGGGAAGCUGCCUGAAGGACCAGCUGCGCAGCCAGCCCUGCUUUGUGCAGGCCUGCCCAGUGGCUGGGGCAUGGGCAGAGUGGGAGACCUGGGGCCCCUGCAGUGUGUCUUGUGGAGGUGGCCACCGGAGUCGCCGGAGGAGCUGUGUGGACCCCCCACCCAAGAAUGGUGGUGCCCCCUGCCCCGGGGCUUCCCAAGAGAGGGUGCCCUGUGGCUUGCAGCCCUGUGCCGGUGACACAGACUGUGGGCCGGGCCAUGUGCACGUGAAUGCAGAGUUAUGCCAGGAGGGACUGGUGCCCCGGUGUCCACCCUCCUGCCUGGACCCUGAGGCCAACAGGAGCUGCACUGGGCAGUGUGUAGAGGGGUGCCGCUGUGCUGCAGGGCUGCUUCUCCAUGAUUCGCGCUGCCUGCCCCUCUCGGAGUGCCCCUGCCUCGUGGGCGAAGAGCUGCAGCAGCCAGGGUCAUCCUUCCUGAUGGACAACUGCAGCCGCUGUGUGUGUGAGAAGGGCAAGCUGCAGUGCGAGCCGGGUGGCUGCCCCCAGCCCUGUGGCUGGUCAGCCUGGUCCUCCUGGGCCCCCUGCGACCGCUCCUGUGGCCCCGGAGUGAAGGCCAGGUUCAGGUCCCCUUCCAACCCUCCUGUGGCUUUCGGAGGUGCUCCCUGUGAGGGUGACAGCCAGCAGUUGCAGCCCUGCUACACGGAGUGUGGGACAGAAGCUCUGGGCUGGACACCCUGGACACCCUGGUACCCCUGCUCCCAGAGCUGCCUUGUCCCUGGAGGGGGCCCCAGCUGGCAGCGGCGUUUCCGGCUCUGCCCCAGCCCCAGCCCCGAGGAUGCCUGCCUUGGAGAGGCCAUCCAGGAGGAGCCCUGCAGCCCCCCUCUGUGCCCAGUGCCGAGCAGCUGGGGUCUGUGGGCUUCCUGGUCAGCCUGCUCAGUGUCCUGUGGUGGAGGUGUGCAGAUCCGUGGGCGCAGCUGUGAUGGCCCGGCUCCUGGGCACCCUGUGUGCCAGGGACCCCACAGUCAGACCAGGGACUGCAACACACAGCCCUGCACAGCGCAGUGCCCCAGCGACAUGGUGUUCCGCUCAGCAGAGCAGUGUCUCCAGGAGGGUGGUCCGUGCCCUCAACUGUGCCUGGCUCAAGACCCUGGGGUGGAGUGCACAGGCCUUUGUGCCCCUAGCUGUGCCUGCCCCCCUGGCCUCUUCCUGCACAACAGCAGCUGUCUGCCUCGCGCCCAGUGCCCAUGCCAGCUGCACGGGCAGCUGUAUGCACCUGGAGCGGUGGCACACCUGGAUGCCUGCAACAACUGCACCUGUGUCUCUGGUGAGAUGGCAUGCACUUCAGAACCCUGCCCAGUGGCCUGUGGCUGGAGCCCCUGGACCCCGUGGAGUCCCUGCAGCCGCAGCUGUGAUGUUGGCAUUCGGCGACGCUUGCGGACAGGCUCUGCACCCCCAGCUGCCCUCGGAGGUGCUGAGUGCCAGGGUCCCGACAUGGAAGCUGAAUUCUGUAGUCUGCAGCCGUGCCAAGGUCCUGGUGGGGCGUGGGGUCCCUGGACUCGGUGCUCCGUGUCCUGCGGCGGUGGCUACAGGAACCGCACCCAAGGCAGCAGCCCACAUGGCCCUGUGGAGUUCUCCACCUGCAGCCUGCAGCCCUGUGCAGGGCCAGUGCCUGGUGUGUGUCCCAGGGGACAGCAGUGGCAGGACUGUGCCCAGGGCCCUGCCUCCUGUGCAGAGCUCAGCUCCCUGGGACAGACAAACCAGACCUGCCAGCCUGGCUGCUACUGCCCACCUCCAACGCUCCUGCUGAACAGCAUGUGUGUGCCCCCCCAGGACUGCCCCUGUACCCACGGGGGCCACCUCUACCCCCCGGGCAGCAUUGUGCUGAAUGCCUGUGAAAACUGUUCCUGUGUCUCUGGGCUGGUCUCCAACUGCACCUCCAGGCCUUGCGAGGAGGGCCAGCCCAAAUGGUCCCCCUGGACUCCCUGGAGCGAAUGCUCAGCCUCCUGUGGCCCUGCCCGUCGCCACCGGCACCACUUCUGCCUCAACACCCCCAGCGUGGUGCCUGCAAGCCAGGCUCUGCUGCCCUCCCCAACUGCCCCCACACCCCUCUGCCCAGGACCCGAGGCCGAGGAAGAGCCGUGCUUCCCGCCUGCCUGUGACCGAGCAGGAGACUGGGGGCCUUGGGGACCCUGGUCGAGCUGCAGUCGGAGCUGCGGGGGAGGCCUGCGCAGCCGGACCCGAGCCUGUGACCAGCCGCCACCUGAGGGCCUGGGGCUUUUCUGCGAGGGACCUCAGGCCCAGGGGGAAACCUGCCAGGCUCAGCCGUGCCCAGGGACCAACUGCACCUCCAUCGAGGGGGCCCAGUACAGCGCCUGUGGCCCUCCCUGCCCCCACUCCUGCGACGACCUUGUGCACUGUGUUUGGCGCUGUCAGCCCGGCUGCUACUGUCCCCUGGGCCAGGUGCUGAGUGCUGAUGGGACCAUCUGUGUGCAGCCGGGUCACUGCAGCUGCCUGGACCUGCUGACUGGGGAGCGGCACCGUCCAGGCGCCCAGCUGGCCAGGCCUGAUGGCUGCAACCACUGCACCUGCAUGGAGGGGAGGCUCAACUGCACGGACUUGCCCUGUCCAGUGCCCGGAAGCUGGUGCUCAUGGUCAGAGUGGACAGCGUGCUCCCAGCCCUGCAGGAGCCAGGCGAGGACCCGCUCCAGGGCUUGUGCCUGCCCCGCUCCUCAGCACGGCGGUGCUCCAUGCCCCGGCGGGGCAGGGGCCCAGGGUCAGAGGGAGGCCUGCCCGAGCUCCACCGCCUGCCCAGUGGAUGGCGCCUGGAGCCCUUGGGGGCCAUGGGCUUCCUGCGAUGUGUGCCUGGGGCAGUCCCACCGGAGGCGAGUGUGCACCCAGCCACCCAGCUCUGAGGGAGGCAGGCCGUGCCCAGGGGCCCACGAGGAGAGUCGCCCAUGCUGGGACAGCUCCACGGAGUGCGCAGACUGUGGAGGGGGCCAGGUUCUACUGCCCUGUGGGCGGCCUUGCCCCCGCUCCUGCCAGGACCUGUCCCCUGGAAGUGUGUGCCAGCCAGGCCCUGUGGGGUGCCAGCCCAGCUGUGGAUGUCCCCUGGGACAGCUCACCCAGGAUGGGCUCUGUGUGCCCCCAGCCCACUGCCGCUGCCAGUACCAGCCUGGAGCCGUGGGGGUUCCUGAGAACCACAGCCGGUCAGCAGGGUCUGGGCUCAGCUCCUGGGAGAGUCUGGAACCUGGAGAGGUGGUGACUGGGCCAUGUGACAACUGCACCUGUGUGGCAGGCAUCCUGCAGUGCCAGGAGGUGCCCAGUUGCCCUGGCAUGGGCAUGUGGGGGUUCUGGGGCCCCUGGGAGGACUGCAGUGUUUCCUGUGGGGGAGGGGAGCAGCUGCGCUCCCGGCUCUGCCCCCGACCCCCCUGCCCGGGACUGGCCCGGCAGAGCCGCACCUGCCAUACCCAGGUCUGCAGAGAGGCAGGCUGCCCAGCUGGACGCCUGUACCGCGAGUGCCAGCCCAGCGAGGGAUGCCCCUUCUCCUGUGCCCACAUCACGGGCCAGGUGGCCUGCUUCUCCAGCAGCUGCGAGGAAGGCUGCCACUGUCCUGAGGGCACCUUCCUGCACCGCUUGGCCUGUGUCCAGGAGUGUCCCUGUGUGCUGACAGCCACACUGCUGCAGGAGUUGGGUGCCACCAGCUCUGGGUCUGGGAUGUCCCCACCCCUUUUGGGAGAAGAAGGUCAGCACUUUGGGCCUGGAGAUGAGUUGGACCCAGGCCAGACAUUUCAAAUGGGCUGCAGAAACUGCUCCUGUGUGCAUGGGAAGCUGUCCUGCUCCCUGGACAACUGCUCCCAGGCUGAAAGUGGCUUCAGCCCCUGGGGCCCGUGGGGCCCGUGCUCCCGUUCCUGUGGCCAGCUGGGGACCCGCACCCGCAGCCGCCAGUGCAUGCUCCCCACACCUGCUUCUGGGGGCCAGGGCUGCCUAGGACCCAGAAAGGACCUGGAGGACUGCCACAGCCCAGACUGCCCUGGGGCUGAAGUGCCCACGGUGGAACCAGUGACCGCCCUUCCAGGUGGCUGGGGCCUAUGGUCGCCGUGGUCGCCCUGCUCCCGCAGCUGCACAGACCCUGCCCGCCCUGCAUGGCGCAGCCGCCUGCGCCCCUGCCUGGCCAACUGUUCCAUGGGGGAGCCAGCACAGGAGCGUCCCUGCAACCUGCCCUCCUGCACAGAGCUGCCCCUGUGCCCCGGCCCUGGCUGUGGGCCAGAGAACUGUUCCUGGACUCCCUGGGCACCGUGGGAGCCAUGCUCCCGCAGCUGCGGGGUGGGCCAGCAGCGUCGUCUGCGAGCAUACCAUCCCCCUGGGCCCGGGGGACACUGGUGCCCCGACAUCCUUACUGCCUACCAGGAGCGCCGCUUCUGCAACCUGAGUGCUUGCCCAGUACCAGGGGGCUGGUCACGCUGGAGCCCCUGGUCCUGGUGUGACCGGAGUUGUGGAGGGGGCCGAUCACUGAGGAGCCGGAGCUGCUCAAGCCCCCCACCCAAGAAUGGGGGUGCUCCCUGUGUCGGAGAGAGGCAUCACUCCCGGGUCUGCAACCCCAUGCCUUGCGAGGAGGGCUGCCCAGCAGGCAUGGAGCUUGUCAGUUGUGCCAACCGCUGCCCCCGCCGCUGCUCAGACUUGCAGGAUGGAGUGGUGUGCGAGGACCCCCAAGUCUGCCACCAAGGUUGCCGGUGCCCCAACAGGUCCCUGGAGCAGGAUGGCAGCUGUGUGCCCAUCGGGUACUGCGAGUGCACAGAUGCCCAGGGCCACAGCUGGGCUCCAGGGAGCCAGCACCAAGACACCUGCAACAACUGCACCUGCCAGGCAGGGCGCCUCUCCUGCACGGCCCUGCCCUGCCCGCCACCCACCCACUGUGCCUGGAGCCGCUGGUCAGCCUGGAGUCCCUGCAGCCUCUCGUGUGGGCCCGGGGGACAGCAGAGCCGCUUCCGGUCUUCCACGUCUGGGUCAUGGGCCCCAGAGUGUCGAGAGGAGCAGUCCCAGAGCCAGCUGUGCCCGCAAGCCCCGUGCCCACCCUUGUGCCUGCAGGGCACCCACCCCCGAAGUCUGGGGGACAGCUGGCUUCAUGGAGAAUGUCAGCAGUGCUCCUGCACCCCGGAAGGCGUGAUCUGUGACAACACCGAGUGUGCAGUGCCCAGUGGCUGGACACUGUGGUCUCCUUGGUCCGACUGCCCUGUCUCCUGUGGAGGUGGACACCAGGUCCGCACCCGGACCUGCACAGUGUUGGCUGCUCAGCGCAACGGGCCGCCUUGCCCGGGCUCUGACACCCAGAUGCGGCACUGUGGGCAGCAGCCGUGUCGGCGAUUGCUGGACACCUGUUUCUGGGGCCCAUGGGGGCCCUGUUCCCACACGUGCGGCCUGGGCCUGACCUCCCGCUCUGGGUCCUGCCCCUGCCUGCCCGGCGAGGCUGACCCCACAUGCAACAAUGGCACUGUCACACACCUGGACACCGAGGCCUGCUACCCAGGGCCCUGCCUGGACGAGUGCAUAUGGAGCAGCUGGAGCAGCUGGACACGCUGCUCCUGCCAGGUGCCUGUGCAGCAGCGCUACCGCCACCAGGGACCAGCGCCGGGCCGGGCUGCCAAGGGAGCCCCCUGCACACGGCUGGAUGGCCACUUCCGGCCGUGCCCCAUCGGCAACUGCUCGGCAGACAGCUGCACGGCCCCCUUUGAGUUCCAGGCCUGCGGCUCUGCCUGUGCUGGGCUCUGUGCCACACACCACAGCCUUCAGCUCUGCCAGGACCUGCCACCCUGUCAGCCUGGCUGCUACUGUCCCAAGGGGCUGCUGGAGCAGGCGGGGGGCUGUGUCUCCCCAGAGCAGUGUAACUGCUGGCAUACCUCAGGAGAGGGAGGAGAGGUGACCCUGGCUCCCGGGGAACACCUGCAGCUGGGCUGUAAGGAAUGUGAGUGCCACCACGGAGAGCUGCGAUGCACGAGCCAGGGCUGUGAAGGUCUCCUGCCUCUGAGUGACUGGUCUGAGUGGUCGCCCUGUGGGCCCUGCCUGCCCCGAAGCACCCUGGCCCCUGCGUCCAGGGCCACUCUGGAGGAGCGCUGGCCUCUGGACAAAGCAGGCUUCUUUCCAACCUCGGCUCCCCUGCUGGCUUCAGAGCAGUAUCGUCAUCGCCUCUGUCUGGACCCUGAGACAGGCUGGCCCUGGGCCGGAGACCCUCGCCUGUGCACUGCACCCCUCAGCCAGCAGCGCCUCUGCCCUGACCUGGAAGCCUGCCUUGACCCAUGUCAGUGGAGUCCCUGGGGGCCCUGGAGCCCCUGUCCGGUGCCCUGCAGCGGAGGAUUCCAGCUGCGCUGGAGAAAGGCAGGGGGCCCUCCUCUGAGAGCCUGCCCGGGACCAUGGGCUCAGACCAAGAGCUGCAAUAUGGUGUCUUGCCCAGGAAAGAGCUGUGAGACCCAGGGCACUGUGCUCACCCUUGACUGUGCCAAUCAGUGCCCUCGUAGCUGUGCUGACCUCUGGGACCACGUGCAGUGUCUGCAGGGACCCUGCCAAGCAGGCUGCCGCUGUCCCCCAGGCCAGCUAAUACAGGAUGGGUACUGUGUGCCCGUCUCCUCCUGCCGCUGUGGCCUCCCCAGUGCCAAUGCCUCCUGGGAGUUGGCCCCAGCUCAGGUGGUGCAACUGGACUGCCACAACUGCACCUGCGUCAAUGGGUCCCUGGCAUGCCCACACCUUGAGUGCCCACGCUUGGGGCCUUGGUCGGCCUGGAGCAGGUGCUCGGCUGCCUGUGGUGGGGGCACCGAGGAGCGCAGUCGGAGCUGCACGGGGCACCCUGGGGCAGCACCGUGCCAGGCCCAGGACAUGAUGCAACAGCGACAGUGUAACCUGCAGCGCUGCCCUGAGUGCCCUCCUGGGCAGGUGCUCAGCACCUGUGCCACCUCCUGCCCAAGGCUCUGCUCACACCUGCAGCCUGGUACCACCUGUGUGCGGGAACACUGCCAGCCUGGGUGUGGCUGCCCAGAAGGGCAGCUGCUGCACAAUGGCACAUGCGUGCCCCCUGCCACCUGCCCCUGCACCCAGCGCUCCCUGCCCUGGGGCCUAAGCCUGACCCCUGAAGAGCUGGCUCAGGAGCUGCCCCCAGGGACCGUGCUCACCCAGAACUGCACCCACUGUGUCUGCCAACACGGCACCUUCAGCUGUUCCCUCGCUGACUGCCCGGAGUGUCCCCCAGGGGAAAUGUGGCACCAGGUGGCUCCGGGGCAGCAGGGACCCUGCGAGUGGACCUGCCAGGAGACAAAUGCCACAGAGGCUCAGAGCAACUGCAGUGCACUGCAGGUCCCGGGCUGCGUGUGCCAGCCAGGACGCUUCCGCAGCCAGGCGGGUCCCUGUGUCUCCGCGGAGCACUGCGAGUGCUGGCACCUCGGGCGUCCCCACUUGCCUGGAUCCGAAUGGCAGGAGGGCUGUGACAGCUGUCGCUGCCUGGGAGGGACAAGUGUCUGCACUCAGCUCUGCCCUCGCCUCACCUGUGCUCAGGGCCAGACGCUGGUGCAGGAGCCAGAGAGCUGCUGUCCCAUUUGCCAGUGGGAAACUCUCGAGGAGCGGCCACCCUCCUGCCAGCGCCUUACUGAGCUUCGAAACUUUACCAAGGGGCUGUGCCACCUGGACCAGGUAGAAGUGAGCUACUGCAGUGGGCACUGCCUGUCUAGCACCAAUGUCAUGGCUGAGGAGCCGUACCUGCAGAGCCAGUGCGACUGCUGCAGCUACCGCCUGGAUCCGGACAGCCCCGUAAAGAUCCUGCACCUGCGCUGUUCCGACGGCAGCACGGAGCCCGCGGUGCUGCCGGUGAUCCACAGCUGCCAGUGCAGCGCCUGCCAAGGAGGUGAUUUUGCAAAGCACUGACAGGCUCCGCUGGAUGUGUCCGUUGCUGUCCUUCUGUGAUCAGAGG